AUGCCGGAAUCCACCAAUUUAAUUCUGAGUAAGUCGAAGACCAAAAAUAUUGUCGAAGUACUUUCUCUAGAUGCCACCAGAUGCCUACAAGUGUCGCCCAUAUUUCCUAGUUAUAUCGGCAUAUUGAAUUAUGUCAUUUGUAAUCACAGAGAAAAUCAUGAAGGCGAGCUCGGGUUGGUUUGCCUCAGUGAGGGUAUAGAUGAGUGCUUCUGCAUAGCCAACAUUUUAAGAAGAUAAACUUGAGAGACCAGUUCUUUAGUCUUAAAAUCAAUUCUUCGGUCCUGAAUUCCUUUGCGCGUCCUGCCUACAGUAAAAGUAUGAAUUCAAAAAAUCUCAAACAGCAUACUGACUGCCGAGACAGCAUUAUCUAAGCAAAUCAUCCAGCUCAUCCACAUGAUAAAAAAACGAUUCCCCGCGUAUAAGUAGCUGUUUUUCCCAGUACUGCAUAAUACAUGUGACGUAACUGUGGAAGAACUGACGUUUUUUUUGAGUUCCGCCUACAACAGCAAAUUUAAGGUCAGAGUAGUAUGUAGUCUGUAAUAAACAACUGCCAUUUUGUGCCCGGAAAAGGUGACGCGAUUGUCGUUAAUUUUGGCAGAAAUUACUGCAGCUGCAUAAUUUAAAUUCAUUCAUCCUUUCACUGUAAAGUCAAAAACAACACGCCUACUCAAAAUAGUCCUUUUGGAGCGUGCGAAGUGCAUAGCCUGGGUAUUAUCGGGGAACAACCAUUGGCUCGCAGGUUGUAUAUAAAGAAUGGAUUAGAAAUUUUCACGCGUGUUAUACUGUGGAAAUGCGUUGCCAUCUACUUAUACUGACAAUUGCGUGUGGAGUUUUGGGUAAAGGUAUGUUUUUGACUUAAGCCAAACAUAAAUCACAUUUACUUGGUUUUAGUCAAUGGGUUGUUCGUUGAACAGUUGACGUUUAAAGAGAAUAGCGAUUAUGUUUAUACAAAAAAUCUUCUGGGGGAAGGUGUUGAGGUACGCUCUGCCAACUGAUAGAUACAGUGAUUUGCCACUUGCCCGAGCUAACGUGAAUGCUUUCCUUGCAGUAUAUAACGGUUGACGGUGUAAAUAUUUCGAACCCGACCAACGGUUCACAUUGUGUGGCACCAAAUGACUGCUGGGAAAUUAUUUACGGUAAGUUACAGGUUUAUUUUUUUGGACCUUAACGCAUAUCUGGAAUCUAUGCAGUACAGUCUGCACAUUCAAAACGAAGGCUUUUAACAAAUAGAAUAAACAUCCUUGACCUUAUUUCCGGCGACAUACCUGUUUGGUUCACGGUCACAAUUUCAUUUUAAUAGCCACACGGCACUUAAUCGCUUACGGCCGCCUCGCGGGAUCCAGUGCGUCAUUUACAGUGUACCCUGAGAAUGCCACAGCCAGAAGUCCUAUUGGUGUUCAGUACAAACGUGCUGACACGCCAUCCUGUAAGUCAACGAAAUUGCUUGGUCUAUACUUCCUAUAAAACAUCUCAUUAUGGUCUCUUCGGCGUACUUAUUAACUAAAGAUGUCUUUAAACGUAUGAAAUAAAUGCAGAGAUUUUAUCGUUUGGUUAAUGCUCUGGUGACAUGGUACAGUAUAUAAAUGUUAACUCCACGGAAAAUUUGUCAUUUGACUAGCUUUAUAAGUAUACGCAAUAAGCAAACAUUUGUGAAACUCCUAUUUUCAGAUUCGACACUGGCCGAAGGAGUAAAACCUGUCUUUGCAAAAGAACUUCUCAACAAUGAAACGCUCAUCCACAUCCUACUAUUUAAUACAGAUAUCGGGGUAAAGAAUUAAAAAUCAUCAAAUUUUUGUCUAACACGUAUAUGACUGUGAUUGUCCGCGUCAUUAUGAAACAUAACUUUCCUUACCAACAUUUACUUUGAAUGACGAUUCUUAUAUUUGUAUGCAUUUUAAUAUGUUGACUGCGGCUCUGCGGGUUCGACGGGCGUCCUUAGACUCCGAUUAACUCACAGCAUGCUUCUGCCGAGCUGCGCAGAAUUUGCACCUAACUGCCCCUAACUGCUGCCCCACAUGACUUUAUGCCAUGAGUUAGAGGUCGGCAUUCAUGAUACAUCAUAUCCUGUACCAAAUCCCACCACUCCUUGAUUAAUACGCAUAGACAGUUUGUUGAUGCAUUGAGGUAGAAUAAGUAACAUCUACAUUCUUGAAUCCAUCAUCACGCUACAACAGUGAAAUCCAUAACACAGUAGUUUGACGCUUUGAAAUGCGUAAUGGCUUGGUAAGUAUUGUGGCUUCAAAUGCAUCCAGGACUGAGAGUCAAACUGCUGUGAUAUCGCCUUCAUGUUGGCUGUCUAGUCGUCUUACUUAUGCAGUAUCGGAGUAAUCCCCAUAAUGUGCAUGUAUCUGCAUUUAGCUUUACCGAGGUUUCCGCAUUUAAUGUAUGAAUUGAUGUGAUGUAAUGUAUGAAUUGAUGUAAAUUGAUGUGUGAUGUAGAUUUCCCUCCAUGCGGUAUAAUCUGCAUGCUAACACCAGACUGGCUGGUCGCAUAUGGUGGCCCAUUUAGUAUUUUCCAGUAUUUCUUCCGGAAUGGAUGUCACUUCACUUUUCACUGUAGGUAUUUUUGCAUGUCACUAUUCUGUUCAUGGUUUGCAUUCUCACAUUUUGUAGAAUAUAAGCGUCUCCGGGUAUAUCUCAACUAAAGGCAGAUUUUCAGAUGUCAUCACUCUCAUGGGAAAGACGGGUACGUUGCCAAGGACUCUAUAAAAUCGUAGCACUGAUCUCAUUCAUGACUGCUAUAACAUAUGCGUUUGUGUUUUUUAGGAGUGCAGAAGAAAGACCUCGUGCUGUUUACGGGCCAUUUGGGAACAGUGAAUCGAACAAUGGUUUUAGGUUUCAAAGGAGGUCGUGAACAACACCUCGUGAUAAAACCGUCGAAUGCGACAGGGGCAAUCAAGCCAAUUCUUACAUUUAUCGAUUACGAGAACUCAUUCAAGCAGGAGUCAAACUAAUUCAAUCGACACAUGUUAUAUGUGUUGUGAAUUGAAUUAUUAUAACGAUAUUCGCGGAUGUGGGUCUAAAAACGCUUGUUAUUUUUGGACAUAUUUAAGUAAAUGGUGUGCUUUCAUUGGAGAUUUAUUAUUUUCCCCAACGGUAAAGCGCAGAUGAUGCUUUUUGAGAAUCGAAUUUUCGUACAUAUGCGAACCACAGAUUGGAUAUAUGAAUGUUGAAAAUGCGAAUAAAUACUACGUGUCUGGUGUCUCCAUUGCAUGAAAGGUAAAAGAAGCCGGACAAAAAGCUUUUUGUGAAAUGUGAGAAAUACUAACUGAAGAAAUACGUUGUGGUGCAGAAGGUGCGUGUAAGAUUCUGACUAUUGUGUGUGUGUUUAUAUAAAUUUUUCAGCAUUUCUUAAUUUUACGGUGUUAUCCUAAAUUAAUGUGCCGGUAUGAAGAUUGUCACCUGCAAAUAACUGGACACAGUAAUACAUUCAUGGCAUUGUGAAUUUCGGUUGCUUAUGGAGGUUUUUGUGACGACUAACCAAACACUUCAAAUAACGAUUAAGUGGAGGGUCGUGAGGUACUGUGCAUCUCUGGUCCAAAACAAGAAUCAACAGGGAAUAUUGACGAGGCAUAAGGAGCCAUCAGUUGCCCUUAGUGAACAGCAUAAUGUAGAGUGAUCAUUUAAAUGGCACACCGAUAUUUUGCCCUGUUCGAUAGUCGAGUAAAAGAAUUUAGCAAUAGUCCCUCUGUAAUGAUCUUCAGCCCCUGCAUCCAGGUAUAUCCACGUAUACCGAUUACGGCUCAGGCUGUAUUCAUGCAGAUGGACUCAUCUCCUCUCACGCCUAGCUCCACAGAUAGACGCCCGCAUACGAACCUCUGUAAAUUCAAUUUCGUUUUCAAGGAUGAUGCCGUCAAGCAACAGCCUGUGUCGGCUUGUGGGAAGGUGACCGCGAACAACAUUGCCGAUAUUAGCAAUUUCCUUUCACUCCCGAAAUAUAAUUAUUUCAACCUACCGAAUUCAAAUGAGUAGUAAUCAUCCCAAUGUUCAAUUACCUAGGAUAGCCUAUCUCCAGGGGUAUGUAUAUUAGAUGACCUAAUUCAUAGAAUGUCGAGAUCGGUAUUGGAUUUGUCGGUACGGCAUAUAUUUUGAGUGGUUUAUGUUGUCUUAAGAAUGGAUUGGAACCCCAUAAAGUCCUUUUCGAAAGAAGAAUUUAUGUUAUGUUUGCUUAAUUGAGGGGAAACUAGCCAUGAUUAGGCAACAGUUGACUUUUCCGGAUAUCCAUGGAAGCCUUAGAGGAAAUUGAGGAGUAUAUGACAAGGCAUGAUAUUAAACAUCCCAGUAGAGCAGCAAGCAUACGAUAAUUGCCCGCCCCACAAUCAGAUCGAGGAGAAGAAGGCAAUUAAUUAUAAGACUCAGACCGUUCAAAUGCAACUGAGGUCACAUCAAAAGAAAAAGUUAAAUCAAAAUGAACUGAUAACUGGAAAAGGGAGAAACAGAAAUCGGACGACUUGGAAGUACUCAAAAAAGAACUGCCUAGGGUGGAAAAACAGAGCUCAUCUGAGCAUUCGACAGAAACCUCUAGCGCUCGCGUAGAUACAGACGUAGCGAAUGCGAAUAUCCUCUUUAUUGACAUAAAAGACAACAGCAGUAUUGCCACGAGCACCAUGACAUUAGUUUAAGAAAACAUCCCUUAAGAGGAUGGCAACGAGACAAAACUCAUGAGUGCUUCGCCUGCAACUCCCAAGUCACAAACAUCAUGCAACAAAGACAUACCGCUUCGAGAACAGUGCCUAGUAAUACGGGGACUUCAGUAGCCACACACAGACACACCUAAAGAACGCGUUGUAGAUGGUCUCGGCUUGUUCCAAGGUCUUCUAAACACAAUGCUUCAACCCAACGAAGAAGCUUCAGUGUUAAAAGCCUUCAGACUCGGAAAGCGCACAACCGAGUCCGCUAUCCUACCGCAUCCUAGGCCCCUCAAAAUUCUUUUGAGUUGCCAAGCGCUUGUUUAUCUCACCCUAUCAAGACGUCUUAAGUUAAAAUAAUCCCUCAGAAACCAGAACCAUUACCACCCCCACCAACAAAGGCACUACCACCACCACAGCCACAGGCACCAUCUUCACCACCAGAAAAUUCAUCACUACGUCAAUGACCACACGCACUCAACCCACCGACGGGACGACAUCAGUCUCCCCAUUCACUAUCUACAUCACCAGCAACGCCGGCUCAAGCGAUGUGGACUCGGUUCAUGCCUAUCUUCGAUGCAAAACGGAGCUUGCUUUUGCACCGUCUGUAGAAUGCUUUUCCUGAUGUCCCGUAAGAUUCUUUACGAUUAAUCUGUCAGAAUACCUAUUCUCUCGAAGCAGGUCCUAGAUUCUUCUAAGACCGGAAUUUUCUGGCUUUUGCCGCCAAAAACCGGACAAGAAUUCGUCUCAUUUAAAAGGUUACGAAAUUGUAGAUGUUGUUCAGACUAGAUGGUUUUUUGAUAAACUUCUCUCUGAGUGCUGUUGUCAGGUAUACUCUUGUAAGGAAGAUUAGAGAAGGCGGAGAACUUGCCGUUGCCACCUGACCGCGAAAUGUCCUCGAUUUACAGCACGCAGGAGGUUGACUGUGUUUGCUUUUCCGGCGGCAGAUGUGAAAAUGCAUAUGAAUUAUUCAAAAGUUGCCAAAACUUCAAUGAAUUGCGUGAGCCUGAUAGUCACCUAGUGGGUUCUAGGUGAAUUACUGGGAAAAUACUGCUUGGGCAGCCAGCUUAUUGUUUUACAUUUGGUGGAUUCCAGACGUUGCAGCAGGUGGACGAGUAACAUGCCCCAGGUGUGAAUUACCUCAUGUCUCCCGGUGUGUCCUCGUAGCUCAGGUGGCUAGACAUUUGGCUCACUAAUGCCUUCCUCUUGAUCUAAUGAAUUCGAAUCCUAUCAACGCGCCGAGAUUCAAUUUGAACUGCUAAGAUUAUGUUUGCCAUGAAGACUUCAUGAUGAGGGGGCUGAAAGGUUAUUUAAAAUUCUGCCAUCCCGACGUAGCCUCUGUGCUGCCCUUACGGAUUUUAGGUUUGAGUAAUCUACAGGGUGGCCUUGUGCACAUAUUCGGCACCAGAUAACGUAGCAUAGUUGUUUGUCGCAUUUCGUAUAAGACGCAGGUACUCUAAAAAAUUGGGUUGUCUAGCUAAUGAAAGUAUUUUGUGGGUGAAAUGUUGCUCACCGACGAAUUAAGCACAGUAAUAUAUGCUUUAUCGGGCGACCGUACGAUAGAACGAAUGUAUUAACUAUUGCAUGUAAGAGCAAGGAAUACUACCUAAAAAAACGAGAUGUCAGUUGCACUGAAUGAACAGCCGAGUGUAAAAAAUAUCUCCACGUUAGACACAAAUAUUCCAUAGGAAUCGUUAACCGGACGAUUAAGUACAUUCAUACCCUGGGAAACUUUGCUGGUGGGAUGGCUUUCUGUAUUAGAAAACGUCAUUCUCAUUUCAGGUUCCAGUAGGCAGUAGUACAACUCCUAGCAUACAACGCCUAUCACCACUGUGGGUAACAUAAAUACCUGUUGAAAAUGACGAUUUACACCGUACAACUCCACCGAAAUUAAGUCAUAAACUUAAUGGAAACCAUGUAAUCCUGGCGUGGCGCAGUUUAUACUCAGUACUUUCCCAGACGCAAAUGAUUCAGCCGAGCCUGCAUAAAUUACGGCAGCUCGACUAGUAACUGCUGGGUUUUAGCUUAUUUAAUAAUUACGCAGUGUAUGCGUUAUCAAUAUAUCGCUUGUUACGCAUCAUAUUCGACAUUCUCGCUGUGUACGCCGCAUCGGUCAACGCUCACAAUGUCCGAGAGUUGUCAACUUUCCUGCCUGUCGUAUUGGUGCUUGUCGUAAGAUGCAACAGGCCAAAUAUUAGCACCAACGAAAAUGGUCUUGCGCCAAUCAUAAUAGCCAGCGUCUUAAAUGCCCUUUCGUGAGUGCAUGUUAUUUGAAUAAAUACGGAAUUGACCCAUAAUGCCUAUGUAAACUCAAAUAGGCUGGAAGAGGACGAGGUAAUUGAUACGAUGAAUAGCAGCUCCCGUGGUGAAUUAAUUCUACAGUAAAACAAGCACAGGUACCACAGUGUGAUAAAUCACGACAUUUUAACCGAAUUUCUGAAAUCAGUUAUUGACUUAAAAUAUUGCUUAAGUAGGGUUUAAUCAGUAUAUACGCAGUAUAUACCUAUGUACAUCCGCAUACACGUCACCCGAAAUCAGAGUGGUCUUUUUAAAAAUUUCUUCCAAACAACCGUAAAAAGCGUUUGUAUAAUUAGCAACAUAGGUGAUAAUUGUAGAUUUUUGGAGGAGCUUAUGCUGAGCGUGCUACUGUGGCUACCAUGACAUCCAACCCUGGUCCUGAAUGGAAAGAGAAGAGGGAUGCCAGUUUGUGAGAUUACUUAGUCUGUACAUAACAACUAGAAAAAUGGGAGUUGAGAGGAGUUAGCAGUCGGAUAAGGACACGCCGAGCGAUGAGUUAUUUGAACUAAGUGAGCGUAAGGAUACAUGUUCCUGCUCAGCCAACGCCGCAAGCAAAUAAAUUUAUGAGUCCGAUCCUCACUCGUGAAUUCGAUUCCAUGUGAGUAAAUUUACCUAUCGGCCUAUAGUAACAUGUAGCAUUAAAAAAACUUCAUACAAAAUGUUGACCGCCAAUACAGCAUUAUAUAAGCAAUCCAUCUUACACCCACAUGAUAAUAGCCAGUCCCAACUUAUUAAUAGGUGCUUUGCAGAACUACAUAAGACAUUUGACGUAAUUGGGAGAAGCAUUGACAAUUUUUUUGGAUUCCAACUACGACAACAAAUCCAAGGCGAGAGUAGUAUUUAGGCUGUAAUAAAGAACUGCGAUAAUGUGCUUGAGUAGAAGACGUGAUUUAAGUUAAUUCUAACAGUGGUUAUCUCAGCCUUUGGAUUUCAUCAAAUCUGAUAAGGCAGACUGAUUUUCAAAGCAGAACUGUCUAAUCAAUUCAACGUCCAACCGAUAUAUACAUAGUUAAAUAAAUGGAAAUACGUAAUAUUCUUUGGAAGUGAAUAACCGUUAGUGCGUAAAUUUUUGAGUCUGGUUCCCCAGCUCGUUCUCAGACUUUUGGGUUAUGUACGAAAACAGGUAACUUUUUAACCGUGUCGCACAAGAGAUUCUAUGGUUGACCGAAGCCUGCGCCAAUGCGCGUCAAUGGUUCUUCGUCAUCCCCUCGGCAUUGGCUGCGCUCGCUUCUAUUUGUCCUCCAGAAAUUUGUAUGUGACAUCUAAACCGAUAUGUCGAUUGAUGCAUGCCUCAUCUGAGUGCAUUACCUCCACGAAUUCGCGGUCAUUCCUUAUUAUACAGGCAACAACAAUGCGAAAAUUCUCCCAUGUAAAUUGGUGUCCAGUGUUCACUGUGUGCAUAGCCACCUGGGAUAGCUGAUCUCGUUGUCUCACCGCUAACUGAUGCUCGUGUAUGCGGGUAGAGGCCGAUUUCCUAGUUUGGCCACAGUGAACGGCAUCACAACUGGAAUAUGGUAUUUUGUAUACAAAGCCUUUCUACCAAGAUAGCGAACCCUGUACUUACUGUGUCUAAGCUGUGUACGCAAGGUGGUUGUAGGUUCGUAUGCUACUUGUAUCAGACGCUUUUUCAGCUGUAUUUCGACGGGUUCAGACACAUUUCGUACGUAUAGAAAGGUCCGCCAGGUGGAUGUUUUUGGCGUCUGGGUGGCUGUUUAUUUCGAAAUACCUUUAUGUUUAAACUCAUGUUUCAUGCAAUGACGUACAUGAUAUUCGAAUGACCUAUUGGACGCGCAUGUGAGAAAACAGGCCGCUACUGUUACUGUUGCCUUCGGAUUAGGAAUUAGGAGAGCAAGCGGAAAAGUUGCGCACAUCUAAAUUGCUAACAUGUCUCGACUGCUUGUGUGGAAUUCAGUCGUUCAGUUGACGCCGCUUGGGGCUUCUUAGCAUCUGAUACUUCUGCCAUGUGGAAAUGCCGUUAGCCCACCUCGCACAGCUUUAUAAGGGUCGUGAUAUGUGACUCCUCAUUAUUAAGCUAUCUGGCAGCUAGUCCGACAAUUAUUCGUUAUAGCCUUUCGCGUUCGUCCACGAGACCGUUUAAUACGUAGUUGUAUUCCAUGAUGGUCGUUUCACAGUCAGCAUGUAUUAAAGACAGCAUCAUUUCGGUUGAUUUAUGCGGACUGCUCAUUUAGAUUUUGUUAUCGUUUUAUGUAACCCGUCCGAUAUUUAUUUGUUUCGACUAAUUUCUGUUGGUAUUUUAGUUAACAGUUCAGUUUUCUGAUCAAUGUUUUUAAUUUUCAGCUUUCUUGUGAUUUUUCUCAGGUUAUGUUCCCUUAAUCAAGUAAAAAAGCCUCUGCGGGCUAUGGAAUUCCCCAAUUCGGAUGAAGGAUGCUAAAUAUGCAUGAUAAUGUUCUGGAAAAUCAGUGGAUCAUCACCUAGAGGACUGACGGGUUCAUAUAGUUUUUAGUGGACUUUGGCACCGAACCCAUCAAAGAUUUCUUGAUUUGCUUGAUGGAUUUUUUUAAUUCCGCCAACUACACAAGUUUGUUGCUCAAGUACACAUAAAGUAGGUGGCCUCACUCAUGAAGUUCCGUAUUCAAAAUUUAAGAAAUUUGUGCUAUGCCUUCAGAGUUGUUAUUUAUGUUUAGUAAAAUGAUUUGAGACACAGACGAAAUUUUCUAUCGAGUGAUUAAUUUCUAGUCUGCGCUAUUAAAAGAAAACAUUUCAGGUUUUGGCAAAAUCUGACCAUUCUUUAUAUUCAAAUAAUGUCUUAUGCCAUUUGAAUUUUCAGAUUACUUUAUCAUGUUUAUGUGCAUUUUGCUGUAAACAAAGAUUAUUAUAAACGGUAUAAGUUUGAAAUAAAUUUGGUCUGAAAACGGCAAAUUUGAUCUCGGUACCAUAAAAUUCAGCGGAGGAAUACGGAAAUUAGCAGCCGAAGUGUUGUCACAUGAGCCUUUAGGAAGUGCCUUUAAUAGCAAUAAGUUUACUCUGCUACGAAUGCCUAAUGGUAGAACUGUACCCAGAAAUAAGCAGGGUGGAUCGAAGUGGUCCAAAUGUAAGCACAGCGACGAUUUUAUUGCCAGUACAAUCAUUAUAUGCACAUGUAGAAAAUUCCCUGGCAGUAUGUGCGGCUGUUCUCUAUAAACAUAAUUACGGCAGAUAUGUGGGAAAUUGAACUGUAUCAACAAUGAGCCAUUAUCAAGCCGUUUGAUGUAGAAAACAUAAAAUAACGUUUUAUAUUUAUAAAGACAUGAGUUGAUUGCCGGAGUCAUUCUGGAAGAGCAGUAAGUCAUGUGAUUAAGUCUUAUUUUUGAUAAGGUAAUUUAGUCGAUCCAGAUGGUCAUAUGCGGCAACGGUCUCGUGGCCCGGUGAGUAGAGGCGUUGACUUCUAUACCAACACGUCGCGAGUUCGAGGUGCGAAGGCGGCUAAAUCGGCCACGGCUACAUUGCUACUCAUUAGGCGAGCAUUUAUGGGAUUCGACCCUGACUGCUUGCCCAAAAUAAUGGUAGGGGGCGCUCACCGAUCGUUCAUACGGAACUUACUCGUUCCGUUGUGCCUUAAGGGCUCUCUCGAGCCCAACUCAAAAUGGAACGAGUGAGUUCCGUACGAACCAUCGGUGAGCGCCACCUAACAUUGUAUAUUCAAGAUCGACAAUCGACAGGGCAACGGGCUCGUGGCGCAGUGGUUAGGGGCGUGGACUUCUAACUAACGGGUCGUGAGUUCAAGGCUCGGGUGUUCCACAUUUCGGGCUUGGGUAUGACUGGCUGACGACGGCUAAUAAGCUAGAAAUGGCCAUUCCAGUCUCCCAUUUCUUUGUCGGUAAUAUCAUUCUGCCUAUAUAUCAUGCACCGCUGUGCGGCUGCUGGUUGGGCUCGAGAGAGAGCCCUUAAGGCAAAACGGAACGAGUGAGUUCCGUAUCCACGAUCGGUGAGCGCCCCCUAACAUUGUAUAUGCCGAUCGAAAACCGACAGGGCAACGGGCUCCUGGCCCGGUGAGUAGAGGCGUUGACUUCUUAACCAACAGGUCUCGAGUUCGAGGCUCGGGUGUUCCACACUUCGGGCUUGGGUAUGGCUGGCUGACGACGGCUAUAAGCCAGAAAUGGCCAUUCCAGUCUCCCUUUUCUUUGUCGGUAAUAUCCUUCAGCCUAUAUAUAUAUAUAUAUAUUAUGACAGUGUGCGCACGCUGAUCAGGUGACGGAACAUGCUCGUUCCGUUGUGCCUUGUGUCUCAUACCUAAACCCUCGCAGGCAGUCGCACAGCGACUAAUAGUAGACAUAGAUGAGAUGGACCUGGUCUCCCUUGUCUUUGUCGGCUCCAUCUCAUAUAUAUAUAUAUGAAUUCCGGAAACAGUCAUCCAAAGAAAUAUAGUUCGGAGGAAAUCAGUUCUUUGGGAAAAAUAAACAAAUUUAUGGUACAUUUUCUACUUUGGUUCCCCAAGUCGUUCUCAGACGUGAUGUAAGUGUGCAAAACAGUUACCGAUUAAAUAUGCCUAAAAAUCGAUUUUGCUUUGUCACUCCUCUUAGCAUAAUUUUCUAAUUGGCCAAUGCUUUUUCUAGUUAACCUUAAGGUUGUUGUACACAGCAUCCAAUUCAACGUGUCGGUUGAUUCAUGAGUCAUCACCAGUCUAAACGCAUUACUUCAUGUUAUGACUGCUGUUCAUAAGUUGCUUUACAUCUGAAAUUUCGUUGUUUUAACCAGCUCUAUAUUAAUGUACAGUCCUGACGAAGAAUACUCAAAAACGGACGUUUGCCGACAUGAACUUCCUUAUGGCGGUAUUCCCCCUGAUAUGUGUGUGUGUUUCUAGGAGUGCAGAAGGACGACCUUGUGCCUUGUUUUCGGGUUACAUAGGAACAAAAUCAUCAGUAAUGCAAAAAAGCGUUUCGAAGACAGAGGCGUUAAGCAUAUCGAGAUAGGACCAUCCAAUAUGACGGGGGUGACCAUGGCAAUUCUAGCAUUUAUCGACUAAGAGAACUCCUUCAAGUUGUAGUGAAACGAAUUCAGUCGAUGGAUGACUUGUUCGUUCUGAAAUGCUCUUUCGAAACGAUAUUCCCGUGUGCGUUUAUCGGACGUUUGUAUUUAAAACAAUGUCGUUGAUUUGAACUUUGAUCGUCUAUAUGGGUUGUUCGUUGAACAGUUGACGUUUAAAGAGAACAGCGAUUAUGUUUAUACAAAAAAUCUUCUGGGGGAAGGUGUUGAGGUACGCUCUGCCAACUGAUAGAUACAGUGAUUUGCCACUUGCCCGAGCUAAUGCGAAUGCUUUCCUUGCAGUAUGUAACGGUUGACGGUGUAAAUAUUUCGAACCCGGUCAACGGUUCACAUUGUGUGGCACCAAAUGACUGCUGGGAAAUUAUUAACGGUAAGUUACAGGUUUAUUUUUUUGGACCUUAACGCAUAUCUGGAAUCUAUGCAGUACAGUCUGCACAUUCAAAACGAAGGCUUUUAACAAAUAGAAUAAACAUCCUUGACCUUAUUUCCGGCGACAUACCUGUUUGGUUCACGGUCACAAUUUCAUUUUAAUAGCCACACGGCACUUAAUCGCUUACGGCCGCCUCGUGGGAUCCAAUGCGUCAUUUGCAGUGUACCCUGAGAAUACCACAGCCAGAAGUCCUAUUGGUGUUCAGUACAAACGUGCUGACACGCCAUCCUGUAAGUCAACGAAAUUGCUUGGUCUAUACUUCCUAUAAAACAUCUCAUUAUGGUCUCUUCGGAGUACUUAUUAACUAAAGAUUUCAUUAAACGUAUGAAAUAAAUGCAGAGAUUUUGUCGUUUGGUUAAUGCUCUGGUGACAUGGUGCAGUAUAUAAAUGUUAACUCCACGGACAAUUUGUCAUUUGACUAGCUUUAUAAGUAUACGCAAUAAGCAACAAUUUGUGAAACUCCUUUUUUCAGAUUCGACACUGGCCGAAGGAGUAAAACCUGUCUUUGCAAAAGAACUUCUCAAAAAUGAAACGCUCAUCCACAUCCUACUAUUUAAUACAGAUAUCGGGGUAAAGAAUUAAAAAUCAUCAAAUUUUUGUCUAACACGUAUAUGACUGUGAUUGUCCGCGUCAUUAUGAAACAUAACUUCCCUUACCAACAUUUACUUUAAAUGACGAUUCAUAUAUUUGUAUGCAUUUUAAUAUGUUGACAGCGGCUCUGCGGGUUCGACGGGCGUCCUUAGACUCCGAUCGACUCACAGCAUGCUUCUGCCGAGCUGCGCAGAAUCUGCACCUAACUGCCCCUAACUGCUGCCCCACAUGACUUUAUGCCAUGAGUUAGAGGUCGGCAUUCAUGAUACAUCAUGUCCUGUACCAAAUCCCACCACUCGUUGAUUAAUACGCAUAGACAGUUUGUUGAUGCAUUGAGGUAGAAUUAGUAACAUCUACAUUCUUGAAUCCAUCAUCACGCUACAACAGUGAAAUCCAUAACACAGUAGUUCGACGCUUUGAAAUGCCUAAUGGCUUGGUGAGUAUUGUGGCUUUAAAUACAUCCAGGACUGAGAGUCAAACUGCUGUGAUAUCGCCUUCAUGUGGCCUGUCUAGUCGUCUAACUUAUGCAGUAUCGGAGUAAUCCCCAUAAUGUGCAUGUAUCUGCAUUUAGCUUUACCGAGGUUUCCGCAUUUAAUGUAUGAAUUGAUGUGAUGUAAUGUAUGAAUUGAUGUAAAUUGAUGUGUGAUGUAGAUUCCCCUCCAUGCGGUAUAAUCUGCAUGCUAACACCAGACUGGCUGGUCGCAUAUGGUGGCCCAUUUAAUAUUUUCCAGUAUUUCUUCCGGAAUGGAUGUCACUUCACUUUUCACUGUAGGUAUUUUUGCAUGUCACUAUUAUGUUCAUGGUUUUCGUUCUCACAUUGUGUAGAAUAUAAGCGUCUCCGGGUAUAUCUCAACGAAAGGCAGAUUUUCAGAUGUCAUCACACUCAUGGGAAAGACGGGUACGUUGCCAAGGACUCUAUAAAAUCGUAGCACUGAUCUCAUUCAUGACUGCUAUAACAUAUGCGUUUGUGUUUUGAGGAGUGCAGAAGAAAGACCUCGUGCUGUUUACGGGCCAUUUAGGAACAGAAAAUCGAACAAUGGUUAUAGGUUUCAAAGGAGGUCGUGAACAACACCUCGUGAUAAAACCGUCGAAUGCGACAGGGGCAACCAAGCCAAUUCUUACAUUUAUCGAUUACGAGAACUCAUUCAAGCUGCAGUCAAACUAAUUCAAUCGACACAUAUUAUAUGUGUUGUGAAUUGAAUUAUUAUAACGAUAUUCGCGGAUGUGGGUCUAAAAACGCUUGUUAUUUUUGGACAUAUUUAAGUAAAUGAUCUGCCUUGAUUGGAGUUUUAUUAUUUUCCCCAACGGUGAAGUGCAGAUGAUGCUUUUUGAGAAUCGAAUUUUCGUACAUAUGCGAACCACAGUUUGGAUAUAUGAAUGUUGAAAAUGCGAAUAAAUACUACGUGUCUGGUGUCUCCAUUGCAUGAAAGGUAAAAGAAGCCGGACAAAAAGCUUUUUGUGAAAUGUGAGAAAUACUAACUGAAGAAAUACGUUGUGGUGCAGAAGGUGCGUGUGAGAUUCUGACUAUUGUGUGUGUGUUUAUAUAAAUUUUUCAGCAUUUCUUAAUUUUACGUUGUUUUCCUAAAUUAAUGUGCCGGUAUGCAGUUUGUCACCUGCAAAUAACUGGACACAGUAAUACAUUCAUGGCAUUGUGAAUUUCGGUUGCUUAUGGAGGUUUUUGUGACGACUAACCAAACACUUCAAAUAACGAUUAAGUGGAGUGACGAGGCAUAAGGAGCCAUCAGUUGCCCUUAGUGAACACUGUAAUGUAGAGUGAUCAUUUAAAUGACACACCGAUAUUUUGCCCUGUUCGAUAGUCGAGUAAAAGAAUUUAGCAAUAGUCCCUCUGUAAUGAUCUUCAGCCCCUGCAUCCAGGUAUAUCCACGUAUACCGAUUACGGCUCAGGCUGUAUUCAUGCAGAUGGACUGAUCUCCUCUCACGCCUAGCUCCACAGAUAGACGCCCGCAUACGAACCUCUGUAAAUUCAAUUUCGUUUCCAAGGAUGAUGCCGUCAAGCAACAGCCUGUUUCGGCUUGUGGGAAGGUGACCGCGAACAACAUUGCCGAUAUUAGCAAUUUCCUUUCACUCCCAAAAUAUAAUUAUUUCAACCUUCCGAAUUCAAAUGAGUAGUAAGCAUCCCAAUGUUCAAUUACCGAGGCUAGCCUAUCUCCAGGGGUAUGUAUAUUAGAUGACCUAAUUCAGGGAAUGUCGAGAUCGGUAUUGGAUUUGUCGGUACGGCAUAUAUUUUGAGUGGUGUAUGUUGUCUUUAGAAUGGAUUGGAACCCCAUGAAGUCCUUUUCGAAAGAAGAAUUUAUGUUAUGUUUGCUUAAUUGAGGGGAAACUAGCCAUGAUUAGGCAACAGUUGACUUUUCCGGAUAUCCAUGGAAGCCUUAGAGGAAAUUGAGGAGUAUAUGACAAGGCAUGAUAUUAAACAUCCCAGUAGAGCAGCAAGUAUACGAUAAUUGCCCGCCCCCACAAUCAGAUCGAGGAGAUGAAGGCAAUUAAUAAUAAGACUCAGACCGUUCAUAUGCAACUGAAGUUACAUCAAAAGAAAAAGUUAAAUCAAAAUGAACUGAUAACUGGAAAAGGGAGAAGCAGAAAUCGGACGACUUGGAAGUACUCAAAAAAAGAACUGCCUAGGGUGGUGGCAACGAGAAAAAACUCAUGAGUGUUUCGCCUGCAACUCCCAAGUCACAAACAUCAUGCAACAAAGACAGACCGCUUCGAGAACAGUGCCUAGUAAUACGGGGGCUUCAGGAGCCACACACAGACACACCUAAAGAACGCGUUGUAGCUGGUCUCGGCUUAUUCCAAGGUCUUCUUAACACAAUGCUUCAACCCAACGAAGAAGCUUCAGUGUUAAAAGCCUUCAGACUCGGAAAGCGCACAACCGAGUCCGCUAUCCCACCGCAUCCUAGGCCCCGCAAAAUUCUUUUGAGUUGCCAAGCGCUUGUUUAUCUCACCCUAUCAAGACGUCUUAAGUUAAAAUAAUCCCUCAGAAACCAGAAACAUUACCACCCCCACCAACAAAGCCACCAGCACCACCACCACCAACACCACAGCUACAGGCACCAUCUUCACCACCAGAAAAUUCAUCACUACGUCAAUGCCCACACGCACUCAACCCAUCGACGGGACGUCAUCAGUCUCCCCAUUCACUAUCUACAUCACCAGCAACGCCGACUCAAGCGAUGUGGACUCGGUUCAUGCCUAUCCUCGAUGCGAAACGGAGCUUGCUUUUGCACCGUCUGUAGAAUGCUUUUCCUCAUGUCCCAUAAGAUUCUUUACGAUUAAUCUGUCAGAAUACCUAUUCUCUCGAAGCAGGUCCUAGAUUCUUCAAAGACCGGAAUUUUCUGGCUUUUGCCGCCAAAAACCGGACAAGAAUUCGUCUCAUUUAAAGGGUUACGAAAUUGUAGAUGUUGCUCAGACUAGAUGGUUUUUCGAUAAACUUCUCUCUCAGUGCUGUUGUCAGGUAUACUCUUGUAAGGAGGAUUAGAAAAGGCGGAGAGCUUGCCGUUGCCAACCGACCGAGAAGUGUGCUUGAUUUACAGCACGCAAGAGGAUGAUUGAGUUGGCUUUUCCAGUGGCAGUUGUGAAAAAGCAUAUGCAUUAUUCAAAAGCUGCCAAAACAUCAAUGAAUUGCGUGAGCCUGGUAGGCAUCUAGUGGGUUCUACGGGAAUUACUUGGGAAAUGCUUCUUGGGCAGUCAGCUUAGUGUGUUCCAUUUGGUGGAUUCCAGACGUUGCAGUAGGUGGACGAGUAACAUGCCCCAGGUGUGAAUUACCUCACGUCUCCCGAUGGGUCCUCGUAGCUCAGGUGGCUAGACAUUUGGCUCACUAAUGCCUUCCUCUUGAUCUAAUGGAUUCGAAUCCUAACGACGCGCCGAGAUUCAAUUUGAACUGCUAAGAUUAUGUUUGCCAUGAAGACUUCAUGAUGAGGGGGCUGAGCGCUCCACAAGGACAGCGCUCCUCUCCGACCCAUCGUGUCGCUCAAAGGUACUCCAACGUACGGACUGGCUAAGUGGCUGUUCCGGCGUCUCAAGUUCCUGACCGCUGAGUCAGACACCACGGUCUCUUCGUCAGCAGAAUUCCUGGAGAAACUCAAAGGGGUAAGCCUCCAUCCAAAUGAGGUCAUGGUAUCUUUUGAUGUUACAUCCCUUUUUAGUUCUAUUCCUCAGGACCUGGCGAUCGAGACAAUCGAGCUGCCUCUGCAAAGCAAAUACGAUGAAACGGAGAAUCGUCUUGGACGCGCCCAAGUCCUUCAGCUCCUGAAGUUCUGUCUCUGGACGUACUUCACGUUCGACGGGACAAUCUACGAACAGGUGAAGGGCACACCAAUGGGUUCGCCGAUUUCGGGAUUCAUCCCCGAGGCGGUCCUGCAACGGUUAGUGUCGCUGGUCUUCCAACACCACAAACCGACGUUCUGGGCCCGGUAUGUGGAUGAUACCUUCGUCGUUAUCGAUCGGGAUCAACUGCUGACAUUCAAGGAAUGUCUGAAUGCGGUCUUCCCGGACAUACAAUUUACGAUGGAGGAGGAAGAGAACAACCAGCUGGCCUUCCUGGAUGUCCUCAUAUGCCGCAAGGAUUGUGGUGGACUAAAGACCAAAGUGUUCAGGAAAUCGACAAAUACGAUGCAAGUACUGAACUUCAACAGUAACCACCCAAUCAGCCAUCAACGCAGUUGUGUAAGGACGCUCUUUCGGCGUGUCGAAACGCACUGCAGUGAGCCGGAAGACAAAAUUGCUGAACUACAAUAUCUUCGACGGGUAUUCAAAGCCAAUGGCUACCAGAGCAACUUUGUCAACCGGUGCAUACGCAAAAUGGACGAAAAGCCUAACCGCAGGGACACCAAAGUUUGGCGAGCGCUUCCACAUGUCAAGAACGUUUCGGAAGCUGUUGGCCGCCUUCUCGCACCGCUGGGGGUUGGAGUUGCACACAGGCCAGAGCCAACCAUCAGGCGUCAACUGAUGAAACCAAAAGAACCACUGCCACGGCAAGAAACGUCUGGAGUCGUUUAUCGGAUCUGGUGCAGUUGCGGACAAAGCAACUACGUCGGAGAAACCGAAAGACAGCUCCGAACGAGAAUGGCCGAACACGCUGCAGCAGUGCGGAGAAAUGACGCAGGCUCUCAAGUUGCGGCUCAUUCGACGGGUUCCGGCCACACAUUCAAAUUUGACGAGGCCGAAAUUCUCGCAAGAGGUGACAACCGCGUGAGCCGGGAGCUGCUUGAGUCAUAG